AUGCCGACCUUUAGCUACAUACUAACUGGACAGCCAGGCACCACCCUGGACAGCCAGGCACCACCCUGGACAGCCAAUCACCACCCUGGACAGCCAGGCACCACUCUGGACAGCCAAUCACCACCCUGGACAGCCAGGCACCACCCUGGACAGCCAAUCACCACCCUGGACAGCCAGGCACCACCCUGGACAGCCGAACACCACCCUGGACAGCCAAUAACCUCCCUGGACAGACAGGCACCACCCUGGACAGCCAGGCACCACCCUGGACAGCCAAUCACCACCCUGGACAGACAAACACCACCCUGGACAGCCAACACCCACCCUGGACAGCCAAACACCACUCUGGACAGCCAGGCACCACCCUGGACAGCCAGGCACCACCCUGGACAGCCAGGCACCACCCUGAACAGCCAAACACCACUCUGGACAGCCAACCACCACCCUGGAAAGCCAAACACCACUCUGGACAGCCAGGCACCACCCUGGACAGCCAGCCACCACCCUGGACAGCCAGGCACCACCCUGAACAGCCAAACACCACUCUGGACAGCCAGGCACCACCCUGAACAGCCAAACACCACUCUCUGGACAGCCAAUCACCACCCUGGACAGCCAAACACCACCCUGGACAGCCAAUCACCACCCUGGACAGCCAGGCACCACCCUGGACAGCCAAUCACCACCAUGGAAAGCCAGGCACCACCCUGGACAGCCAAACACCACCCUGAACAGCCAAUUCCCACCCUGGACAGCCAGGCACCACCCUGGACAGCCAGGCACCACCCUGGACAGCCAAUCACCACCCUGGACAGACAAACACCACCCUGGACAGCCAGGCACCACCCUGGACAGCCAGGCACCACCCUGGACAGCCAAACACCACUCUGGACAGCCAACCACCACCCUGGACAGCCAAACACCAUUCUGGACAGCCAGGCACCACCCUGGACAGCCAGGCACCACCCUGGACAGCCAGGCACCACCCUGAACAGCCAAACACCACUCUGGACAGCCAACCACCACCCUGGACAGCCAGGCACCACCCUGGACAGCCAGGCACCACCCUGA